GGUGCACAAUAUUCACAAACUACGGCGUAGCGAAAUAAAACUUACAUCAUCUUGUUUGGUUUAAUGAGAUCUUUCAGAAAAGUAUACAUUUGCACAAACUUUUUUUCGAUUGGUCACGUGACCUCGCUCACGUGACCCAAUGCUAGUGCGCUCGCAGUUGAAAUUAUCACGUAACUGUCUUUAUGCCCUUCGAAAAAAGAAAAAGAAAUCGAGCGCUAGAGUGACACGUCACGUCACUUGCGCUGCAUUUCGGAGCUGCAAGUAGGAAUAAGAUUUCAUAUUUUUGUUUGGAUUUGUUGCCGUGUUGCAGUUCUUUGUAUUUUAAUUACUAGAUAAGUUAGUGGAUUUUAAUUUUAUAAGUUUCAUCACCGUGUUUUAACUUUCCUGUCAUUGUUGCUAAAUUAAGUUUUAUGUUUAGCAUGAUUUGAAGUAAAUGUACUUAUUAUAGUAGCCUUUUUUAUUAGUUUUGCUUUCUGGCCAUGGCAUUUCUAUUGUAAGAUAUUGACGUUAAUUCCUUAGCUUGUGGACCCACAUUAAUUAUAUGCAAGACUAGACAGCCAUAAUUACAUUACUUAUAAAUUUUUGGUUUGCUUGUAGUUGUAGGCGCUUUGUUGGCUCCUGGAUAGUUAUAUGUCUCAUCAAGAUUUCUCGUUAUGGGAAGACGCCAAUCAGGAGCUUUUGUCCAUUUGUAAGUCUGAUAACGCCUUUAAUAUCGUAUACAGUAAGAUGCAGGAAUUGUACCCAGACUUUCACUAUAUGCACAUGUUUUCAAGUCCUCCUCUUUGCUUUGAUCAGGCUUUGGCUAAAUUUUCUCCUUUACUUAAUGAUAAAGAGUACAUAUACUACCUUCUGCAUUUUCAUUUUAAGAGAAGCGCUAUUCCUCCUGCUAGUAGAAAGUUUGGUCCAUUUGUAGGAAAGUACAAAAGAUCUAGCGCUAUACAUUUUUCUAGAGAUCAUUUACUGUCUUUUCUUGCUGUGUUAUUUCAAUGCAAGGAUAUUACACGUGCUGUUUUGGAUAAGGUGUGGAAUAAGAUGCAUAAAUAUCUUCUUAAGUGCCGAACUCCUGAGUCACGGAACUGUUUCUUUUCUCAGUCGUUCGAUAUAGCCAACUUUGUAGCCUGCACAUGCAUAAAGGAUUCAGAUAAUGCGUCUCCGGCUGUCCGUACCAAAAAGCCUAGAUUGAGUCAUAGUACCCCGGUUCAAACUCCGCAUAGUUCUAAGCGAAAGCGAGUUAGUAAACCUAGGAGCAGUGUGGUAUUCAGAAACGUUGCAGUUCAGACAUGGCAUUCCUCCUUCAAAUACGAUCUGGUUCGAAAAAAAGUCGUGUCAAGCAAAAUUAAGGCCAGGCUCAUAACAUCUGCACGUUGUCAGCACAUUUCAUCGACUUUAGAGAAGCAUAAGGCCGAUAAUAAGCAGCUACAGCUAGAAAAUGGGAUGCUUAAGGCUAAUAUCGACGUUCUAUUGCACAAGCAAGAACACUUCCAAUCUCAGAUAAGCUUUAAAGAUAAGAGCAUCGCAGAAUUGCUGGCAGAUUCUGACAACCUCAAGGCUAGCUUAUGUGAUAUUAAGGCUAAGUUAAGGGAUUCCAAUAAUGAAUGCAAAGUGCUCGAUGAUGAGCUUUGCCAAUACCGAGAUUUAGAAGCCCAAGUAGAUAGAAUUGCAAAUGACCCUGAUUUUAAGCUCCGUAUUUCUGAGGCCUCUAAAUCCUAUGAUAGAUCAGAUGCUGCUGAUACGAAACUUUCGAACCAGAUUCCUAUGCGAAGUAGUCGCAAAUCUAUCAAUCCUAAGAUUGAUAUUGCGUUGUCCAUUUUGAGACACGUUGGUCUUUGUUCGCUAGAGAAAUGUUUUGAAACGUUAGUACUUUUAGGAAAUCACGUCUUUGAUCAGGAAUGGGAGUUAAGUAGCGAUGUUUCUAAUAAGCGAGCACGUCAGAUGUUGCCUAGUGAUAGUACUAAAGGUAAUGUAUCAGAAUCAGAUCCUGGCCCCACUUACCCAAAUCCAAGCAGCAGCACGAGCAGUAUCCCGGCCAAAAGAACAAUGCAUAAGAUCACUAAGAAUACAGCUCCAACUCAAGGCUAUCUGCGUAAGUUUGAGGCCAAUGUGUACACGCCCUUAGCUCUUCAGUCUGUUGCACAAGAGCUGAAAAGCCCAAAUCUUGUAACAUCGACCAUCAUGUAUGAUGGGGCUAGUAUUAAAAAGGGCAAAGUAAUGACAGUUGGCGUGGUUAACGCUGUAAAUGACCCCGUAUCAAGCAAAGUUACAUCGCAUUAUCGCCAGCUUGGGCUUAUGGAGAUGGUUAAGAGUGAUACUGAUUCUUCAUUCAAGGCUGUAACUUCUACCUUACGUAAUGCUGCCGUUCUUGAUUCUGAUACAGUUAGCCAUGAAGACGUCCUCAGUUCGACCAAAGAUGUAUUUUCUAAUAUCGAUUACAUUGUAACAGACUUAGGUGGCGAGAUGAAGCCUGUCAGUGAGAAAGUUUCCGAGCUUAAAGUUUCACUUGGUCAUGAUAGUCGGCCAACUUACAUCCAUUGCAAUGCUCACGUUAGUCCGGCGUUUGAUUCUGAAAUAGAUAAGGAGUUGCAUGCGAUUGAAUCACUCCUUGAUAUAAAGCGAUAUGUUGACAAAGGUUUUAAUUCAUCUUUCUUUAGUUCAAGCCGCUCAUGUACUUACACUAUGUUGCACGCUCUUUUUAGUAUGCUAGGUUCGUCACUAUAUAGACAAAAAGAGCAAUCAUGGUCUUGCCAAAAGGAUUUUACCGAGUUUUUAUUAGCUAAUAAACAACCUCAAGACACUUUCUUUGAUCCUAAUAGUUCUAGAUUCGGAAAGGAGUCUGAAAUGUGCUUCAUACUUGCAUUUAACUUUGAUAAUGUGCACAAUUUCAUUUCAUCGAUACACAAAGAUAAUAGAAUGUUUAAAUCUUGCGAGUAUUACAUCAAGUGCCCUUGCUUUAUAGAGCUUGUUAUCUCAGUCGCAUUGAUAUUUUAUCACAUCUAUGCCCCAUUUUUGGUUGCCGUCGGUGCAGAAACGUGGCUCGGUCAUACUCUCCUGACGCAUAGUCAGCUAUUUUCUUACUAUCCCAGCCUCAAGCAUGACUUAGAACAGCUGACUAUUGAUCCUAGUUCGUUGUUUACUAAAUCUCGUCUCCCUCAUUUAUCUGAUUUCCCCCAGCUUACUCAUAGUUCCAAGGUUCUAUAUACUCGCAUGGCUGAUAAGAUUUUUGAUGAUUUAGAUAGUGGUAUAGUUAACGGCGAGAUUGAGAGUAAGAUGGUUGAGUGGAUGGUCAAACUCCUUUGUGAGCGCUUGCUUAUGGUUACAGAUAGGCAGGUGGAUGAGUAUUAUGGAGGUCCAGAUUCAGUGGUUGGUAGAGAGCUGGCAAUAAAUCCAGAUAAGAUUGAUAUGGCUGCCACGACCCAGCUGCCUUGUGAGCACAGUGUUGGGACGCUAAGACAAAGCUAUCGCCGAGGACCUACUGCUAACAUUGAAACAUUUUCCCAGCACCAGGUAAUCAAGAAGAGUCCUUUGUACGAGAAGCUUCUCUCAGGUGUUAUUACAGCUGAUCAGUUUGGCAAAAUGAUAAAACUGAUUAAGAAAUCUGCGUCACUUAAGUUGUAUAUCCAGCACAGAGACGAUGAUCGCAAGAAGCUUAAACAGGAAAAGGUUCUCCACCUGUACGAGCAGAAAAAGAAGCGAAUGAAGGAAGUUCGUGAUAAGGCUGGGUUGGUUAGUGUGGUAAAGGAUCAUGGAGGCCCCUGCCAAACAGAGGAGGAUGUAGAGAUCAUGGUGGGUAGGUAUGAAGGUAGGUCUGAGGCUCUGAUGAAGGAUCUUUGGAACGAGAUCAAGUAUCAGAAGAAGGUCAUUCUCUGCAUUGGUUCAGCUGAUCAGAGUCAUGGUGACUUGUUUAAGCAGAGGAUUUGGAAUCGAGCUACCAGAAAGUAUGACCCUGUGCCGUUAGAGCAGCGUAUCAGUAACCUAAAGAGUAUUCUCAGGUUACAGUCUGUAGAUGGAGAUGGGAGUGGUUUAGUGCCUGCACCGGUGAUUUCGGUGGAUCAGUUCGUCGAGAAGGCUUCUGCUAGGCACGCAGAGUUGAAGGGGUUUAAGCAUCGUGCAAGUGUUACUUCGGGUAGUGAUGAUGCGGGUGAGCAUGAUAUAGUUGAUUUGACGGGUUCCUUUUAUGAUGGGUUGGUCGAUGAGAAGUUCAUAGCAGUGUUCUACAGUGAUGACCCCUCUACACCAUGGUACCUUGGUGUGGUUGAAACGGUGAGAAGCAACGAUGGGUGCGAACAGUGUGAAGAGUUCUCGUUGACUGGUUUGAACUCAUUUGGGCAUUGCUUUGUUGUUAGGUUCUGUGAAGCCAAGAGAGGGUCCUGAGCAACGGAUCAGUCCAACUCAGAAUGGGAGUUGGAUACAAAGGCGCAGCUUUAUCACGUCAAUGCUUGUCAAAUUGUACCAUGCAAGGUCAAGCUGGCUGAUUCAGGCGCAGCGAUAGUAAUCGGUAGUAGAAGCGGUAAACAUCCUAAAAAGGGAGUAUCUGCUAGGUUAUUGUCGUACACUGUGAGCAAUGCAAAGGAGAUCGAUAGAUAUCUACAUUGUAACAUUCUUUACUCUCUAAUCAAUGCCGAGCAUAGUUAGUAAUUAGGUCUCAUAGUCUUACUUAGGUAUUCAUGUAACUACGUUAUUGAUUUAUCUGUGCCUUUUCGGAAAAUGUUAAAUGGUAAUAAAGCCAGGAUGUAAUGAAUAGCAUUUAAAGAUAUAUGUAUGUAUGAUCUCGAUAAAAUGCAUGCCUUAAAAACAAAAAAAUUAACUAAAAAUAUUUUAAAAUAUCAAAAAAAUAUUUAAAACUUUAAAAAAAUUAGGUAUCAUGAAUCAUGAGACAGUUGACAAUGACAUGGAUAGCCUGAACGAGAGACUGGAACUUAGAGGCAGCACCCGACACGCAGUUGGUAAUCGGAGAUAAACCCCAGGAGAUCACAUAGGAACCGUGUGCUAAACGGAGCAUAGGGAGUUUAUAGUUGCAGAAACCUUCUUCAGUAUUAGCAGCGUAACUUCUAGGAUUUGGUAGGCGAGAGUUUUAAGACGGACCGGCCGCUAUAAAAUAGAUGGUAAAACUGGAGAGGUAGCCGAUUUACACGGGGAGCAGGAGUAAGAAGAAUACGAUCUAAAGAGGACUCUGAAGGACGAGAAGGCCUCGACAUCGCGUACGACUCUGUACGACUGAGGCAGGAUAAAGACUUUUGGACGUAUAGACAGGACUUUGAAUAAUGUUUUGAAAUAAUGGAUAUUAAAAUUAUGAUACAGACUAGAGAUUAAGUUUUGGGAUAAAGUUUUGAACGAAUAAUCUUGUGCUUAUGAGUUUUCAAGAAUCCGAUUUAGCAGAAGUUUAGAUCAUGAAAUGUUAAAUUAUCAUUACUAGAGAAAUUGUGUAAUACUGUUGUUAUGUUUUGAGUAUUAAAUGUUUUUAAAAUGAGAUGUUUUUCGACUUAAAGCCACAUAUAACUAAAAAUAAAACGUGAUCAAUAAAACGUUUGAUUAAAACUAAAAUAAGCGAUAAAUUUCUACUUGAACUUGAUGACUGUACUAGCGAGCCUUUGAGCGCGCAAAAACAUGCGCGUCUAAUUCUAUCACAAACGAUCACGGUUACAAUUUGUAGAUUUAAGCGCCUCCACAUGACGCAUGAUGCAAACAUUGCCAUUUUCGGUCACACAGUAACUGCAAAACACCUAUAAUACUCUUACAAAGUCCUGCUUGAAAGGGUCUUCAGAAUGAAGAGGAUUCCUAUACAGAGAAGAAGUUGUCAGCACUUCAAUGUCAUGUUAGUCACAUGGCAGUGAAAACCUGGUCACAUGUCCGUUACUUUGAGCUUUAUAUACUGCGUUACUUCGCGUUGCACUUUGCAGCUCACCUAGAAUGUUCAAAUUGGCAGUGAAAUGAUGAAAUCGAUAUAUCUUGCACUUUGCAGCCUCCGUGAUUUCCUAGUUCUGCUUCUUUGUUUCUGUCGUCAUAAUGUGUGCUCCCGUCAUCAAAUCUAAACACCGUGUCCCUAUUCAACGACGUGCGUUAACUUAAUUUAGAUUUGAGGCAAUUUGAAUCAAGAUGUCCGAGGUUUCUUCAUCAUUAUAGAAGUAAGUGCUUCAGUUACUGCCUUGCAUUGUGAUUUGUUUUGUCUUGUGCCUUAGAAGCUGUAAUACUACCUCGGAGUUAGAGGGACCAGAACACCGUGGAAGAGGACAUCUUCAUUCCACACUGACGAUUUUGGCCUCCUAGCACACGACGCCGGGAUAGACACGAGACAAUAAACAUUAAAUUUUAAACAACAUGAUAUGCACAUUGGACUAAUGAUGCUGUUUUUCCCACUUUAUGGAGAGAAUGCUUAUGAUUAUAGUUUCAAUUAACACAUUUUGAAGAUGACUGGAUUUAUUGUUCAUUUGCAUGCUAUGUAUUGUAUUUCGGUUUAUCUUCACCCAUAAAGGGUUUGACCGUUGGGAGCGGUAUCAAAAAAAAGUUACAGUUCAAGACUAGAUAUGAGACGGCUCAGGUAUUAUAAUUCACGCACGCGCACGAAUUUAUUUGGAUAUUGGCUGGCGUAAAUUGCUGACAAUUGUGUCAUAUAUAGACAGGGAUUUUACAAGUCGCUUUAUUUGGUCAACUAAGGUCAAAAUCGUUUCAAAUUUUCAAAAUCUUUAGGAAAUAUGCCCUUCUGCUACGCAUCACUUGGAUUUUUUCCGCACUUGAAAGGCAAAAACGCCAGAGUCGAAAAUGUACUUAAAUUUCGUGAAACGUAGGUUUUUGAUGAUUAAGACCUGUUCCAGUGGCCCAAUUGCUUAUAUAUUGUGCUGCCAAUCAGAGGGACAUAUUUCCUAUAGACUAGGAAAAGUUGAAACAAUUUCGACUUUAAUUGACCAAAUAAAGCUACUUCUAAUUGAUUUUAUACUUCCGGCCCAAUUCGAGGGGGUCUACUAGACGCAAAACGACAGCAUUUAGGGCGCGCAUACGAUUGUGCACC